UAAUCACAAAAUAUAUCCAUGGAAACACAACACACAAACAUUUCACAACCACCACAUCAAAAUUCUCAAUUUUCCUCUACAAAAUAGGUUGCCCCUGCAAUUCCAGAGGGUCUCGCCCUCGUGAAUUUCCACCUCCUAUAGUGACCGACUUGAGACACAGAUCGUCCAUCAUGGCUGCAUCAGACUCACCAGCUUCUUUGGAAGAUGCUUUCAAAAGUUUCUCCAAGUUCGGCAACACUGCGAGUGACGGAAAACAGAUGACACUCACUCAACUGGACAAGUGGCUGAAACAAGCCUCUAUCAUAGACGGGAAGAAGAUCACCACCACGGACACUGGCAUCUGCUUUAACAAGGUACAGAGAGGGUCGAAGACCAUUCAGUAUGACAACUUUGUCAAGUUCCUGGAAGAUUUAGCGACGACCAAGAAGAUGGAUGCGAAGUCCAUGAAGGACAAGCUGGCUUCUUGUAUGGCUCCAGGGACUACGAAUACCACGCAGGCUACCAAGGUUGGCGCUGUAGAUCGAUUGACUGACACUUCCAAGUACACGGGGGCUCACAAACAGAGGUUUGACGACUCAGGCAAAGGCAAGGGUAUAGAAGGCAGAGAGGACGUGAAGGACAAUGCAGGAUACGUCUCAGGGUACAAGGAGAAGGACACUUAUGACAAAAAAACAAAUAAAUAGCUGUUAUAAUUCUCUAAAUACAUAGACCAGGACAUGAA